UAAAUAACCGUAGUUACCCGAUAGCCAGUUCCAUAUGACCAUUUAGGGAUUGUCUGGAUAUCAGGGUGUGUUUGUGUCAGGUGUAAAAUCAGGUAGAACAGGUUCCUGGCUGUUCGGAUCUGAAUACCCUGCACUGCCCUCCCCCUUCCCUAGCCUAUUGUUCCCUCUCUCUCAUACGCUGGCUGUUUCACUGAGAGAUCUCACUGCAUUCCGCACACCUGUUAGCUGUAACCACCUGACCAAGCACCAGAUAAAGAACAGGAACGAGAGACGGGAUAUGGAUCUUUACGCAAUCAUCAGUGCUGUUCUGCUUCUGCAACUGCAAGGUUUUCAUGUGGCCUUGCUCCAGGCACCAACAGACUCUCCAGGACAAACGAUUGAUCAAAGUUGGCUUCGUCAAUUGGUCAAAUCCAAGCUAAACAAGACAACAUCACAAGCUCAGUCCAAUGACAUUGUUGAUAUGACCCUGGAGGGUACUGAGUCAACAGAUGACUCUGAAUGGGUGUCAUUUAGUGGGGAACAGGACAACAUCCAGGACACAAAUGAGACUUCAGGUGGUGUGACAAUUGGCACCACAAUGCCACCAGGGUUGCCAAAUGCUACAGCAGAGGAACCUCCAGAAACCACUGUUGCACCAGAACCCCCAGUGAGUGUUGCCUUAAACUCAAGCCAAGUUUCCAAUGCAACCGGAGAGGACGGUGGAUUCCAAACUACCACCACUACUGCAAUCACAGAAAACUCAAAUGGCUCUAAUUCCAUGUCCAAUUACACUGAAUUAAAUGAGACAACCACAGCUCCAGACACCAAUAGCACAGAGCAGAUUGGUCCAGAUCCUGGUGCUGAGAACAGAGUAACCAACAGUACAGAGGACUUCCAUAAUGUAACGACUGCAGUACCAGAGCCAUCCAGUGAACCAUCCACAGCUUCCCCCUCCACAAAGCUUCCCUUGGACUCCCCUGGGACUACAACUGCCAAAAUCAUCCCAGAAACUACAACAACCACAGGUCCCAGCACAAUAACAGCCAUGAUGGAAACUGGUGCCGCUUCAGGAAGCAACUCUGCGAGAGGUUUGGCCUCAGAUGCAGUGCAGAACAAGAAGAGGAGUGAGGCAUGGGCUGCCAUCCUGGGCAUAGGAGUGGCAGUGUGCUUCGUGGCGAUGGUGGUCUACGUCAUCCUGAGAAGGAGAGACCGACGGGAUUUCACACACAUGAAGCUUGUUGAGGAAAUCCCCUCAGACCCAGUUCUACGACUGAACAACCCUGAGCCUGUGGACUUGAAAUAUGAUGGUUCCGCCUACUACAAUCGUGGACUCCAAAUGGAAAAUAUCCCAAUGGACCACUUUCCACAAGGACAUGAAAAUUGAGAAGGACUCCAAGACUAACCUUAAACACUUUAAAGGAGACUGUCAUAUACAAAAUACUUAUUGAGACCCAACAUACGCAUUAACGUGCAGAAGUCUCUAUAGCAGAAUGUCAAGUCAUGGAUUUACUGCACCCUAAUGCAUUGGUUAUAUGGGUUUGUACAUUUUUCCAAAUUCCAGGAAACUUUGAGAAUUUGGAAAUGUGUUAGGAAUUUAUUAUUAUUUUGGAACAUUUGAAUAAUAUGUUUAUAUGUUUUUAUUUCUAAAAUUACAUUGGUUUGGAAGGAAAGUUUUUAAAUUUGCUGGAAAUAUUCCCAUUCUUUAUUACGUCUAGGACGAAUACUACCUUUACAUAACUUAGACUUCCACAUAAUUAUCGCAUUGAUCUCAAUGGGAGAAAACGUCAUGCAUGGAUCUCAAUUUAGGAUUCUAGACACUUCAGCACAGUCUAUUAUAGAAGUACUAAAAGCCAAAAAUGAAGUCUUAAUUGUCUGCUAUAUUUCCAAGAUGGUUCGACAAAGGUAAUUAAACAUUUCUUAGACAUGAAGACCUACACUCAAAUAAGGUUAUUUUUGUACCUUACUCUAAAUGACAAUUUAGCCACAGGUCAACUCAAUAUAAACAUAAAUGUUUGAUUUUAAUUGAACCUUUAUUUAACUAGGCAAGUCAGUUAAGAUAUAUACUUCAAGAAUCAUGUCCAUAAUCAUUGGCACCCUUGAUAAAGAUGAGAAAAAAAGACUGUAUAAAAUCUAAAUAUCAAAUACUGAGCUAUAUUGCAUAAAUCAAUGGGGAAAUUAGAUUAUUUUAUACUAAUACAAUUGCUCAGAGAAAGAGAUUUUGUUUAAAAAGUAAUAAAAAUACAUCUAAAAAAGAUAGCAGGGCAGCAGGUGGCCUAGCGGUUAAGAGUGUUGGACCAAUAACUGAAAUGUCGUUGGUUUGACUCUCCAUGCUGACUAGGUAGAAAAAUGUGUUGAUCUGCCCUUGAGCAAGGCCCUUAUAGCUCCUGUAAGUCACUCUGGAUAAAGUGUCUACUAAAUGACUAAAAUAUAGAUAGGGUUCAAAAUGAUUGGCACCCCUGUUUUCAAAACUCUAGCACCCUCCCCCUAUGAGUAUAAUGACACCCUUUUUCCCAAUGGUGUAAAGUACUUAAGUAAAAAAUACUUGAAGUACUACUUAAGUAAUUUUGGGGGGUAUCUGUACUUUACUAUUUAUAUUUUUUGAAUACUUUUACUUUUACUUCACUAUAUUCCUAAAUAAAACAAUGUACUUUUUACUCCAUACAUUUUCCCUGACACCCAAAAGUACUCGUUACAUUUUGAAUGCUUAGCAGUACAGGAAAAUGGUCCGAUACACGAACUUAUCAAGAGGACAUCCCUGGUCAUACUGUCUGUGAUCUGACGUACUCACUAAACACAAAUGCUUGGUUUGUAAAUUAUGUUUGGAGUGUGCCCCUGGCAAUCCUUAAAUAAAAGACUAAAUUAAAUUAGCUUAAUAUAAGGAAUUUGAAAUUAUUUAUACUUUUACUUUUUAACAAUUACAUUUAGUUUUGAUCCUUAAGUAUAUUUAAAACCAAAUACUUUUAGACUUUUACUGGGUGACUCACUAAUACUUGAGUCAUUUUCUGUGAAGGUAUCUAUACUUUUACUGAAGUACGACAAUUGGGUACUUUUUCCACCACUGCUUUUUCUAAAAUGUUUAAUGAGAUUGGAUAACUAAUUGGGACGGGUUCAGGGCCGGCCCUCUCAUUAGGAGGCCACCUAUGGUGGAAGACACACCUCCAACAAGACAUAAAACCUCAUAGAUACUGAAAAAAAUUGGGAGCCAAAAUUGGGAGCCAUGGGUGGGGCGGGUGGGGCGGGUGGGCCCACCCACCCACUUGGGAGUCAGGCCCCCAGCCAAACAGAAUAUGUUUUUCCCCACAAAAGAUCUUAAUUAUAGAUGGAAAUACUCCUCAGUUUCAUCAAUUGUCCAAUUGUCCGGGUGGCUGACUUCAGAUGAUCCCGCAGGUGAAGAAGCCAGAUGUGGAGGUCCUGGGCUGGCGUGGUAACACGUGGUCUGCGGUUGUGAGGCAAGUUGUGCGUACUGCCAAAUUCUCUAAAAUGACGUUGGAGGUGGCUUAUUGUAGAGAAAUUAACAUUCAAUUCUCUGGCAACAGCUCUGGUGGACAUUCCUGUAGUCAGCAUGCAAAUUGCACGCUCCAUCAAAAUUUGAGACAUCUGUGGCAUUGUGUUGUGUGACAAAACUUCACAUUUUAGAGUGGCUUUUUUAUUGUCCCUAGCACAAGGUGCGCCUGUGUAAUGAUCAUGCUGUGUAAUCAGCUUCUUGAUAUGCCACAUCUGUCAGGUGGACGGAUUACUUUGGCAAAUGAGAAAUGCUCACUACAGAGAUGUAAACAAAUUUGUGCACAAAAUUUGAGAGAAAUAAGCUUUUUGUGCGAAUGGAAAUUUCUGGGAUAUUUUAUUUCAGCUCAUGAAACCAAGGACCAGCACUUCAUAUGUUGUGUUUAUAUUUUUGUAAAAUUCUGCACAAAAACAAUGACAAUUUGUGAAAGUGAAAGUAAAACAAAAUACAAAACCAAA